CGUUAUCUAUAAUACAUUUUCAAAAUGCAAAGAAAUUAUGCAAAAUAACUGCGGAUUUAGACGGAUUAUAUAGAGGAAAGAAAAAAUAAACCCUAAAAGAUUCGUGCUGUAGCCCAUAUACGUAAGAAAGCGUGUCCAAAUCAAAUGUUAUCAUUAAACGGUCUAACGUUUACAAAGACCAUGCCUGAUGGAUUUGAACGGCGAAUUGAUAUGAAAGGAAGGCAAAGCUAGCCAUGGUCAAUGCUAAACUUGAAUGAGACAGCUAAGAUUGCCAUCAUUGUAACGGUGUUUAGUACAUUAAUGAUGAUGAUCGUUUGCAUAUGGUACAAGUUGUCCAAAUUACGAGAAGUCAUGGAUGACCGCGCAACAACAUCUGCUUCGAACAAAUUGAUUUCGAUUGGCCUUCCAUGGCGCCGGGAAUCAAUAAGCUCGGAAUGUAGCAUUUGCAACGCUGAAAAGAGACACAAUCCUUCACACGCUGAACUCUGUCGCAGUCUGCUCUCCAAAGCAACAACAGGACGAAACGAUGCUAAGGAAGAAGGAGGCAUAUCCGACGGACGGUUACGUGAUAUAUCCGAGCGAAACAGCGUUGAGCAGGAAGGAUCUGCAUUUACAGGAAGAUUGACAUUCACCGUCGAGUACAAAGGCAACAAUGAUACCCUCGUUUUAAAACGAAUUUUCGCAGAAGACUUAUUUCCAUGGCAAUAUAGCAGUACAACCAAAACACUCGUGAUGGUGGAGUUCCAGCUAGAGGACUGGUACGAGAAACAGAGGAGUGAGGUACAAACAGGAGUACACAGGUUAUCCUAUGAACACGAGUUUGAGUUUAAUUUACGCGAGGCUGACCUCGCCCAAGGGAAGUUCUCUCUGUCUGUAUGGCAGACUGGCGACGAAGAAUGUGCGGAUAUCCUGAUUGGACAAUGCAACAUUGUCAUGGAGACAGAAAAUAUCACAUCAGCUCCUGGACAGAGUCGGGAAGUAUCUAAGAAAUUGUUUAAAAAAUCGACGAAAAAAGUCGAAACCGAGGUAUUGCUGUCGUUAAGCUAUCUUCCAACAGCAGAAAGAUUAUCCGUGGUUGUUAUGAAGGCGAAGAACAUCGAGAUAAAAUCAGAAGAUGCAAUUACAAAAAAUCAUACCACAGUACCAAAUCCCUACGUGAAAGUGUGCCUCAUAUAUGCUGGAAGGAAGAUACGAAAGAAGAAGACUUCAGUGAGACGACACGAGAAAAAUCCGGUGUACAAUGAAUCGAUGAUAUUCGAUGUGCCGGCGAACUUUUUGCACAAAAUCGGAUUUCUCAUAACAAUUGAACAUAAAAAUUUCGACACAGAUCAGACUACAGUGUUGGGGAGGGUUGUCAUGGGGUCACCUGUGCAUAAUAACGCAUUACGUCAUUGGAACCAAAUGCUGGCGUUUCCGAGGCGGCCCGUAGCCGCGUGGCACAAGGUGUUCUAUUUGGGAUAGUUAUGGAUGCCUAUAGACGUCGGAAGAAAAAGAUCCAGAAGUGGAUUUCAUGGGAGAUUUCACGCGGAAUAUUCCAGGAUAAAUAAUGAUAAAUAAGAGUAUCCACAGAUGUACUCAGAGAUCCUGAGUUUCACCAUGUUCUAUACCAGUGCAAUUUAUAAAAUUUGGUUGGGCGUUUAUUGAACUUGAUAGUCGCUUUCCACUAUUGUACAUCUAUACCGUCUGGCUGCAUAAAGUUUUCAAAGAACUGCCAUGCCAGCUAUAGCGAUCAGGAUAAGAGCUUGCCUCCUAUUUAUAACUUUAAAACGUAGUGUAAUAAUUCGAGUGUCAUAAAUUUUAAUAUAUUGAUAGCAUGUAAAUAUAUUAAUUAUUAUAUAAUAAGUAUUCUUUAAAAUAUUGAAUAAUAUGUGCCUACUAUUACGAUGUAAUAAAACUUAACU